UGUUCACAUAACACCCUUUUUUUUAAAUUGUUUUGUUUUGAAACAUUGGCGGGUGAAAAUUAUUGAAAAUUUAAUAUACAGUUUUUAAUUUAUGCACUUAAAUUCAUUUAAUGCUAUGUGUACGACCACUCAAAAUUAUGCUUUGAUAGUUUGAUCAAAUAGAUAUCUAAGAAGCUAUGAAUUUCAUGUUUCGAACAUUUCCUAACCUCAAAGUCGCUAUUAAGUUAUGUGCAAACUUAAAUAAUAACAGUGUUUACAUUAUAAUACGGUACAAGACAUCAAAAAUGAAGUAUUUAAAUGUUGCCGAGAAGAAUGAUGCUGCCAAGAACAUUGCUCUUCACCUCUCCCGUGGAACCUCGGUCCGGAGAGAAGGUCUAUCAAAGUUCAACAAGAUCUACGAGUUCUCUGCGGAGGUGCAGGGGCAGCAGUGCGACAUGGUGAUGACGUCGGUGUCGGGGCACCUGCUGGCGCUGGAGUUCGUGGGCGAGUACAAGCAGUGGCAGCGCUGCAGCCCGCUCACGCUCUUCGAUGCGCCCGUCUACAAGUACUGCCCGCCCAACUAUGAAAACAUCAAGAAAACUUUAGAAAGAGAAAUAAGAAGCUGCCAGGGACUGAUAAUCUGGACGGACUGUGACAGGGAGGGAGAGAACAUCGGGUUCGAGAUCAUCGAGGUGUGCCGCGCCGUGCGGCCCGAUAUACAGGUGCACCGCGCCAAGUUCUCCGAGAUCACGGGCGCGUCGGUGCGGCGCGCGCUGGGGGCGCUGGCGGCGCCGGACGCGCGCGUGAGCGCCGCCGUGGACGUGCGUGCCGAGCUCGACCUGCGCAUCGGCGCGGCGUUCACGCGCUUCCAGACGCUGCGGCUGACGCGCGUGUUCCCGGCGGCGCUGGCGCGGCGGCUGCUCAGCUACGGCUCGUGCCAGUUCCCCACGCUCGGCUUCGUCGUCGAGCGCUACAACGCCAUCCGGAACUUCGUCGCGGAGCCCUUCUGGAAGAUCAAAAUGUCGCACACGGUUGGGGAGCUGACGGUGGAGUGGGCGUGGGCGCGCGGGCGCGUGUUCGACGCGGCGGCGGGCGCGGCGCUGCUGGCGACGUGCGAGGACGCGGGCCGUGUCGCCGUGCGUGACGUCACCACGCGCCCGCGCACCAAGUUGCGCCCGCUGCCGCUCGACACCAUCGAGCUGGAGAAGCUGUCGUCGCGCAAGCUGAAGAUCAGCGCCAAGGAGACCAUGCGCAUCGCGGAGAAGCUCUACACCAGCGGACUCAUCAGUUACCCGCGCACGGAGACGAACAUGUUCCCGGCGAGCCUGGCGCUGGCGCCGCUGGUGGCGCAGCAGCAGGGGGACGCGCGCUGGGGGGCCUUCGCGGCGGCGCUGCUGGCGGCGGGCCCCGCGCCGCGCGCCGGCCGCAAGACCGACCAGGCGCACCCGCCCAUACACCCCACCAGGCACGCCGACAACCUGUCGGGCAACGAGGCGCGCGUGUACGAGCUGGUGGUGCGCUCGUUUCUGGCGACGUGCGCCGCCGACGCGCGCGGGCUGGAGACCACCGCCACCGCGGACAUGGGCGGGGAGCGGUUCUCUGCGACGGGGCUGGUGGUGACGGAGCGCAACUACCUGGACGUGUACCCCUACGACUCCUGGAGCGCCAAGCAGAUCCACCCCUACCAGGAGGGCUCGAGCUUCGCGCCGAGCGAGCUGCGGCUGGCGGAGUCGGCCACCGCGCCGCCCGCGCUGCUCACCGAGGCCGACCUCAUCGCGCUCAUGGACAAGCACGGCAUCGGCACGGACGCGACGCACGCGGAGCACAUCGAGACGAUCAAGAAGCGCGAGUACGUGGGCGUGGAGGCGGGCCGCCUUCUGCCCUCGCCGCUGGGGCUCGGCCUCGUAGAGGGGUACACGGCGAUGCGGCUGGAGAUGUCCCGGCCGCGCCUGCGCGCCGCGCUGGAGGCCGACCUGCAGGCCGUGUGCCGCGGGGAGCGGCCCCCCGCCGCCGUGCUGGCGCACCAGCUGGCGGCGUACAAGCAGGUGUACGUGGUGGCGGCAGCGCAGGCGCGGCGGCUGGACGAAGCGCUGGCUGAGACGCUGCAGGCCGAGCCGGGGGCGCCCCCCGCGCCCGCCGAGCCAGGCGAGCCCCGGGACCUCACUGUGAUGAAGUGUCCGUCGUGCGGCAACACCAUGUCGCUGCGGCGCGCGGCGGCGGCGGCGGCGGGGGCGCCGGGGGCGGGGGGCGCGGCGGGGGCGGGGGCGGGGGGCGCGGGUGCGGCGCGGCUGUACGUGGGCUGCGCGGGGUACCCGGCGUGCCGCCACGCGCUGUGGCUGCCGCCGCUCGUCAAGGACGCCACGCUCACUGAAGACACGUGUCCACAGUGCGGGCCCGACUUCAAGCUGGUGGAGCUGUCGUGGAGCAACAACUCCGUGCAGCACCUGUACCCCGCGGGGCACCGCGCGUGCCUCGGCGGCUGCGACCCGCGCCUGCUGGAUGUGCUGGGCGUGCGCCCCCCGCGGCCCCCGGCCCCCGCGGGGCCCCAGCCCCCCGCGCGGCCCCCGGCCCCUGCGCGUCCCCCGCCGGCUUCUACUAGGCUCCCGGCGCCCGCCCGGCCUACCAUCAACAACACCGUGGCCCGGCCGGCGGCGCCCCCCGCAGCCCCCGCAGCCCCCGCGGCCCCUGCGGCGGGCGACAACGCCGUGGAGUGCGGCUGCCGGCGCCCCGCGCUGCUGCUCACCGUGCGCAAGCAGAACGCCAACUGCGGCAAGAAGUUCUACAAGUGCGCGGUGGGCAAGGACAAUGGCGGCUGCGACUUCUUCCUGUGGGCGCCGGAGGGGGCGGCGGAGGCGGGCGCGGGGGGCGGCGUGGGGGCGGACUCCGGGCGCGGCUCGUGGAGCGAUGUCUCCAGCCAGGGGGCGGGGGCGGCGCGCGGCUGGGGCGCGCUGAGCGGGGGUGCGGCUCCUGCGCGGGGGGGGCGGGGCGGGGGCGGGGGCGACGACGUGCGCUGCGACUGCGGGGAGCCCUGCAAGAGGCUGACGGUGCAGAAGGAGGGCGCAAACCGCGGGCGGCAGUUCCUGGGCUGCGCGCGCGACUACUCGCGGCGCUGCCAGUUCUUCCAGUGGGCCGACGAAGCGCCCACCGCCGGUGGAGAGUGGGGCGACAGCGGGUACAGCGGCGGCGGCGGCGGGGGCGGCACGCGGGGGCGCGCGCGCAGCGGGCGGGGGCGCGGGGGCGGCGACGCGGGGGCGGGCGGGCGGCGCUGCGGGCUGUGUCGCCAGCCCGGGCACACGCGCGCGCGCUGCCCGCAGGCCACCAACGACUGACUACACUACACUACACAUACAAUACACAUUGUACAAAUCUAUAUUUUGUACCUUUUGUAAAGUUAAGAAGUACCUCAGGUAAACGAUAUGUUUACUUUAAGCAACCUUAUGAGCUUUAAUAGCUUUAGGAGUUUUGUUUAUAUCUUAUUUAUUUACAU